AUGGAGAUUCCCGCCAAAUUGCCGUUCUCUAAGCGGCGGAUCCGACCGCGCGUGGUCAUUUCCUACAUCUUUGACUAUGUGAUUCUCAUCGCCUGCGUGAUCGGCUUCUUUAUCUUGGACUCGAUCGAGCCGUUCCAUCAGCACUUCUCCCUCAACAACAUCUCCCUCCAGUAUCCCUACGCCGUCCACGAACGCAUCCCCAUUGGAUAUGCGCUCUGCAUAUCUGGCGGCUUCCCGCUUGUCCUCAUUAGCAUCUAUACUCUCUUCAUCGAUGGCCUGUUUUCGCACCACAAGCCUCAGGACCCGGUAUCCGGGAAGCGCAGGUUGCGGGGUCCGUGGCGGUGGAAGGAUCGCCUGUGGGAGAUGAACUGCGGCAUCCUGGGCUUGCUGCUGUCCCAAGGACUGGCGUUUGUGAUCACCCAGGUACUCAAGAAUGCCUGCGGCAAGCCUCGGCCGGAUUUGAUAGAUCGGUGCCAGCCUCGUGCUGGGAGCCAUGAUUUGACCCCGUACGGUUUAUCCAAUUCGACCAUCUGUACCGGAGAUGCAGCCAUAAUCAAGGAUGGAUUCCGGUCGUGGCCUUCCGGUCAUAGUAGCUCCUCUUUUGCUGGAUUAUUCUAUACUUCAUUGUGGCUGGGUGGAAAGCUGCAUGUGAUGGACAACCGCGGCGAGGCAUGGAAGAGCCUUUUGGUCAUGGUGCCUAUCCUUGCGGCAACCCUUGUUGCCGUGUCUCGGAUUAUGGAUGCCCGCCACCAUCCUUUCGACGUCAUCACCGGCUCCCUGCUGGGAGUAGUCUGCGCCAUUGUUUCUUACCGCCAGUACUUCCCCCCGAUCACCGAGUCCUGGCGCAAGGGCCGAGCCUACCCGAUCCGCACCUGGGGAACUGAGCCGCCUCGUCCAAUCAACACUCAAUUGGCUACGCUUAACGAUGAUAGCACAUCUGCUCUAUGCAAUCCCGGACAAGACCGCCUUGAUCCCUCUGGUGUGCAGGAGCGCUCUGUGUCGCCAUCGAAUCGCGCAGUUCCUGCUGAUUCCUCGCGACACGCUGUCCCAAGUAACCCGUUCACCUCUCAGAUCUACCCCCGCCGUCGGCACGACCAGGAUCCGGAUGGCACCUGGUCUUCUAGUGAAGACGACGUUGGUAACGGAAUCGAGAUGCAGCACGGCUAUGCGAUGACUCCAAACCCCGGAGGUCGCUCUUCUCCUCCAUUCAAGACAAAUACAGCGUACCAGGCGCAGACCCAUGCGGCUCCCCCUGGUCCUGUGUACGCGGCUCCGGCGGUAGGAGUCAGUCACACCGACCGAGGCCGACCGUUGACCGAUACGCCGCUUCGUGAUGUUUAG